AUGGUCAAAGCAAAGGCACCACCAGCACCAGCAGCAGCACCAGCACCAGCAGCAGCGCCUGAGCAGCCCAAGCGCAAGCGAGUGAGCAAGGCCGGCACCAAGAACAUGCGCAAGAACAUCCCGACGACCGAGUUUGACGACUACAUCGAGACCAUCCGUCACGACGAGCGCACGGGUGGCGCGAUGGCUGAGCGGGACGACGCGGCGCUGUUCAUGAUUGAUCGCGUGGCGACGCGCUCCAAGGCGGCCGCCAACAACAACGGCAAGACCGCCGCCGCCGUCAAGACCAGUCUCAGGCAAACCAGAUCCGCAAAGAUGUCGACGGGUGACGACAGUGAGGAUGGGGCUGAGAGCGGCGAGGACGAGCCGGAAGAGGAGGAGCUCCAGCCAAAGCCUCGUGGCUCCCAUGUGGAUGGCCGAUCAGCGUCGAAGGCGACCAAGGCGAAGGCGUCCGCGACCGCAGCCAAGCCAGCUGCCGGCACAAGCAAGAAGACCACUGCUGCGUCCAAAGCGGCGGCGGCGGCGGCAGAAGCAGCUGUGGCAAUGGAAGUGGAGGAGGAAGAGGCUGAAGCAGAGCAGCCGCGCGCACUGAUGAUCGCUGUCGGUGGUCCGCCCAAGCGCACCCCGCGCCAGUCGCACGUCGACAAGGUGAUUGCAGGCAACCAGUUCAUCAAGGCGGUGGCGGGCGGUCGUGCUGCUCCCACGCGGAAACUGCGCGAAGUCAAGCUCAAGACGGCCAGGCCCAGCGGCAACGAAUCCGAUUCCGAUGUCGGCGAGGACUACUCGCACCCAGUCACAAAGUCGCUCGCGAUUGCGGCCAAGAAGGACGCCUUUGUGCCGCCACCACCAGUCAUUGGCCACCAGGUGGCCGGGUUUGACUUGUGGUCGACUCCAGCGCUGAGUACCAGCGUCACAGACAACGUGCAAGCCCCGCCAGUCCCAUGGAACAAGAAGGGCUUCACCUCAGACUAUGUGCAGGCGACGCUGCCCGUGCCCAAGCGUAUUCCAGUCACGAUGCGUCAGGCGCCAUCGGCGCUGCCGGCUGUGAUGGCCGCGCAUCCCGGUCAAUCGUACAAUCCCGACCAGGACGAUCACGCUGACGCGCUCACCAUUGCUGCUGCAGCAGAAGUCGCCAGGUUGGCUGAAGCCGAGCGCAUCAAAAACCGCCUCAAGCCGUACGUGUCCUCGGGCGCCAAAAAGAACGGCAAGGCCAACUACAAGUGGGAGGACGAGGUCCAGGAUGCCUUCAACAUCAACGGCACCCUUGUCGGUGGAUGGAGCGACGAUCGCGUUAUGGACACCCCCUCCCUUGCUGCCAAGGACAGCCAGGCGUCCAAGAAGAAUGCAGCGGCCCAGGCCAAGAGCGGGGCUGUGACUCAGGGCCUGAGCACGUCCGUGCCGAUGGCGGUCGCACCAAAACAGUUAGCAGCUUCCAAGCAAACAGCUUCAGCAAUAUCCGCGUUCGUCGUGCAAGUAGUCGACGACGCUGAUACUUCCGCAAUGGACACUAACGACGCACAAUCAGACGAGGAGAGCGAAGACGAGGACGAGGAAGACGAGGAAGACGAGGAAGACGAGGACGAGGAAGACGAGGAAGACGAUUCUGCCCCCUACCGCUCGGCCAACCCUGCCACUACCGAUGACGCCCGCAAGACCAAGACCCAACGCAACCGCGAGCGACGAGAGCGCGAGCGCGUGCGAGCGGCUGCCGACGCCAAGAAGGCGCGUGGUGUUCAGCAAGACAUUUACCGUGCCAAGAGUAUUGCGCAGGAGGUUGAGCGCGAGUUGGACGAGAUUGAGGAUCGCGCCGACGAGAAGGCCGCCGUGCAGGAGGCCACCGAGCCCUACGCGACCAAGCGUCUUGGCCGCAAGGCGUUCGUCGAGGAGCCCAUGCAAGUCAAGCUCAGGCACGAGCUUCCCGACACGCUCCGUUCGCUGGUCCAAGAGGGCAAUCUUCUCAAGGACCGCUUCCUUAGUCUGCAGCGACGCAACAUGGUUGAAGCUCGCGAUCGCGUCGCACCCAAGCGUCGUUAUAAGCUCAAGAAUUACCGAACAGGUUCUCAAAAGAAGUUUGAUCAUCAAUUCGAGGCCAAGCUCAAGGUCGAGGCCAAGAAGCACGCGUCCGCGCGAUCGGCUGGUGUCCGCCUGGGCUGCCCGCACUGCCAUAGCAUCGCGUUUGACGGGGAUUUUGCAAGGCAACCUCAGCGUGGCAGUCCUGACACUACUGUGAUGUCGGCCGAUACACUUGCACCUGGCGCAAAGCCAGUUCCUCCACCAUCCAGACCAUACAACCCCGCGACAGGUCUUGCUUCUCCUGUUGCACCACCACCCUCGCGUGCUGUUGUUGGCGCAACUCCCAACACCAAUUCCUCGUUGGCACAGCCGCAAUCUGCACCGCCAGCUGAAACAAAACCAGAGCCCACCGCGGCACCAAUAUCCACCACACCUGCCGUUUCCGCAGCACCAGAACCGAAAGGGCUUCUCCGGGAAGACGAAGAGGUUGAAGAUCACAGUUUCGAGCUAUACGGGUUUUCCGAUACAAUCUUGUCGCGAUACAAGAUAAAGCGAAAGCUGGGAUCGGGUGCCUUUGCCAUGGUGUUUCUUGUUCAAAAUCGCGAAACUGGCCUGGAGUUUGCCAUGAAGGCAGUCAUCAAGGCACGCGUGGUGGACAAAGUACGGCUGGAAAACGAGAUUGCCGCGCUUCGCAAGGCACAGCAUCGAAAUGUGGUCGCAUUCGAAGAAACCUCCGAAGAUGACAAGUACCUUUACGUGUUAAUUGAGUUCUGUCCCGGCGGCGAGCUGUUUGACGCCAUCAUUGAGCGCAACUCGUUUCCGGAAGCGACUGCAGCAAUCAUCAUGAAGAAUCUUGUGCAGGGUGUUGCCUAUUUGCACAGUAUUGGAGUUGUGCAUCGCGAUCUCAAGCCGGAGAAUGUUUUGCUGAUGGAUCGCGAGAACUUUAGCAAGGGCGUGAAAAUUUCAGAUUUCGGCGUCGUGAGUUUGUUUGAGGAGACUGCCAAAAAGCGACAAUUGCUGCAAUCAUCUUGCGGCACGAUGCACUACAUGGCGCCCGAAAUCAUCUCGGGGAAGCAGUACGACCACGCUUGCGACCUGUGGUCUUGUGGCGUCAUUUUGUACAAUCUCUUGUCGGGAGACUAUCCGUUUGACGACGAGAGUGACUUUGAGUUGAUGAAGAAGAUUGUGCGGGCAGACGUACGGUUUGAUCAUCCUGGAUGGCAGUCCAUCUCUCCAGCAGCUCGAAAUUUGAUAACACGACUUCUAAAGGCAGAUCCUUUCGAACGCUUGAGUGCAAACGAAGCGCUACAUCACUCAUGGCUGAAGCACGUCAAAGCAGAUUGAAAGUCCUUUGCGCCUGUUGUGUGAUUUUACAGCCAUGUCUUAUUAUCGAUUUUUGAUUUUUUAUGCUUGUUAUCGCUCUUAUUUGUGACAAUAUGAUUCAUGUGCGUUUGUGUGCUUUGACAAAACCCCAACA